CCACAGCAUUGAUGAUUUCAUGACGUCAUAAGCAGUCGCCGGAAAUCCUAGCUCGGGCUGUCCGGUGUAAAGACCAUGGCAGGUCUUCUGAAAAAGACAACUGGCCUGGUUGGACUGGCAGUGUCCCAACAUCCUCAUGAGCGUCUGAAGGCUCUUUACACCAAGAUCCUGGCGUCUCUGCAGACGAUGCCGCAAGAUGCUGCUUACAGGAAGUACACUGAGCAGCUGGUAAACGAGAAGUUUGACUACGUCAAGUCGGAGCCUGAUGUUGUAAUGUUGGAGAAGAAGAUCAAUGGUGGACAGAUUGAAGAGGUCAUUUUCCAGGCAGAGUGCGAGUUGGCUCUGUCACGAAAGAUGGCUCAAUGGAAACCAUGGGAACUACUGAUAGAAGAACCUCCUCCCAACCAGUGGAAAUGGCCUGUCUAAAUUUAAACACCAAUGUAUAAUACUGUCAUUAAUAAAAUUAAAUAAAAAUCUC